CUGUCUUUCCUAUUUCAAAUGUAAAAAUUAAAAAUGUAAAUCUUUGAAGGAUUUGUUUUUCCCCCUUUUAAUAACGCGAAAUGAGUUACUUCUAUUUAUAAAUUAAUACGAUUUUAAACCUUUUCUGUGAUAAUAAACAAUUUAAAUCGCUUGAAUGUGUAUUAAACAAAACGCAAAACGUACACUUAAAAGGUUUAACUCUAGGACAGUUAUCAGUGAAAUUGAUAUGGCGCUGAGUACCUUAUCACAUGUUCAAAACUGAUAAGAAUUAAAUACGGGGUUAAACAGAGAAAGAACAAUUUUUAUUAAUUACAAAUAUUUUAUAUCACAUAAUUUCUGCCUCGGAAUUUUUAAGUCGGUCUAUUCGACGCCUGCCAUGAACAACAGGAAUUCGUCGUCGUCUACGUCGUCAGCACCAUUGCCGGACCCAGUCCUUUUGAAAAAGCUCAUCGACAUGGGCAUCGAAGAACGUGUCGCGAGAAAAGCGUUGUCUUUGACAAACAACGAGUCUUUGGAAUUGGCUUCGUCUCUCGCUUUGGAUUUAAUAGACGGUGACAUAGAAGACGACAUCCCUUCUUACCGAAUGAUAUUUAUUGUUAACGGUAGCUUGAAAAUGACAACAGGAGAAAUUGCUUUGCAGGUUGCGGAUUCUUUGUUGAAAAUGUACCAUGAAAUCGUCCUCCUCGGUAUUGACGGUAAGACGGUUAUCGACAACUGGAGGGCUCUCGGAGAGAAAAAAUUGGUUUAUAAAGGGAUGAACGAUUCGCACUUGCAAGAGCUAUCGGCGCAGGCCACAGGGGCCAACCUCUUCUGGCUGUUCACCAAAACCCGAGAGGCGACACCGACUUUGUCCGAAGGCGCCCUGACGAUUUUGGCUAUAAUGGGCACAGAACAGGACACAGCCAACAUCAUCAAGAAGCUGGAAAUACUGUGAUUUAAAUAAAUCAGUGAAUAAAUUGA